AAAUGUCGUCGAGAUCAAUCGAAUCGGUAUAAAAGCCCUUGCAGAAUCGGUACUCAUCACUCCGUCUGGAUGUCAAGCAGCAGAAUGUGGUCUCCUCUACUUCUGUGUCUCCUUGUUGGAAUUGCUUCCGCGGCAAACCAAAAUGCCUGGAAGCCAGGCCAAGAGUACACCUACUAUGUGCGUGGUCGCACAAUGGCGGCACUUCACCAGGUCAAAGAUCAAUACACCGGUGUGGCGGUGAAGGCGCAGCUCAAGUGUCAGCCGAAAGGAUCUGACUCGUUGAGCUGUAGGAUCCAGAGCCCUCAGGUCGCAGAGGUUCACGCCCAGCUACCUGGUGGAUGGGAUUCUCCUCUACCCGAGAAGAAGACCAAUUACCAGCAGUUACCGCUGAGCCAAAAGCCAUUUGAGAUCAAAUUCAAAAAUGGCGCGAUCGACGACGUUAUCUUUGAGAAGUCUUUGCCCGACUACGAGCUCAACUUCAUCAAGUCCAUCGCCAGUCAGCUCCAAGUUGAUACUCAGGGUGAAAAUGCCAUAAAUUCACGCUACAACCAGGAACCCGAAGGUGACAACGCUUACGCCACCUACAAGACCAUGGAAGAUACUGUUACCGGCGAGUGUGAGGUCUUGUACGACGUUAGCCCCCUGCCAGAAUACGUGCUCCAAACUAAACCGGAGCUGGCGCCCUUCCCCAACCUCAAGGCAGAUGGUCAAAUCAUUGACAUCGUGAAGACGAGCAACUUCAGCAACUGUAAAAAUCGUAUGAGUUACCACUUUGGUUUCAGUGGAGACACUGAUUGGGAAGCUGGAAGCAACUCCAUGGGUGAUCUGCUUUCUAAAUCAUCGGUCAGCCGCGUAAUUAUUUCUGGAAGUCUAGAUCAUUUCACCAUCCAGUCGUCGGUCACCACAAACAAAAUCAUAGUGAGCCCGACUAUUCAUGAUACACGAAAAGGUAUGGUUGUCAGCAGGCUGAACAUCACCCUGCAAUCAGUCGAUUCUGCUUCUGGAAGUCCCGAAUCUCCAUCCAACCCAGAGUCUAUGGGUGACCUAGUGUACAUCCCUUACAAGACAAACGACAAACGUCAGUCUGGCUCAAGAAACAGUGGCCGUGAUGAGGACUCCUCUUCUUCUUCUUCAAGCUCUAGCUCUUCUUCGUCUUCCUCGUCCUCGGAAGAAAACGGUUACUAUCAAAACUCUGGUCGUAACCAAAAUUCAUACCAGUACAACAAACAACAUGGACAUCGUCAAGCUCGAGCAGCUAAUCAUGGCUCAAGGUAUAGUUCUGACUCAAGUUCCAGCAGCUCAAGCGAAAGUGACAGUCUUGGCAGCAGCGAAGAAUACUGGCUGCCAAAACCCACCUUACAAAAUGCUCCUAAACUUGAGUCGACCAGAGAAGUGGAUCGAGUUUCCUACACCAAGAAAAUCGCUAAUCAGAUCGGUACUGAACUUCAAAAACCGAGUAACAUCCCAAAGGAAGAUACCCUUGAAAAGUUCUCUGAGCUUUCUGCCAGCCUACGCACCAUGAGUGCGAAACAGAUCGAGCAGGUCGCGUCCGAGAUGUAUACACCAGCCUCUCAAUGCUCGGGUGAUAAGGAUAGCCAAAGCCAGAGUGCAAGGUGCGCUUCGUGGGCUGCUUUCCGUGACGCAGUUGCCCAAGCCGGUACUGGACCUGCACUUGUUGUUAUCAAGGACUGGAUCCUCACUAAGAAGGUCAAGGGCGUUGAAGCUGCGGAAUUGAUCACCGUAUUGCCAACGACCACCAGAUUCCCUACUACUGAAUACAUGGACGCGUUCUUUGAGCUUGCCACCUCCCAAGAAGUCACCAAACAAGCUUAUCUCAACUCUACAGCAAUUCUGGCUUUCGCAGAUCUCGUACGUGAAUCGCAGGUAAACAACGCCUCGGCCCAUAACCGCUAUCCUGUACACGUUUACGGACGUCUUUCCCCUAAGAACAACCCAGCUGUUCGAAACAAAUGGAUCCCUUACCUCGAAAAACAACUGAAGAGCGCCAUCCGUGAAGCUUACAGUCCGAAAAUUCAAGUGUACAUCCGUGCUCUUGGUAACGUCGGUCACCCCAAAAUGCUCGCUGCUUUUGAACCAUACCUAGAAGGUGAAGAAGAUGCCACAAACUUCCAACGUUUGUCCAUGGUCCUCGCUAUGAACCAUUUGGCUGAGCUGUACCCAAAGCAAGCACGCGCUGUCCUCUACAAGAUCUACCAAAAUACCGGUGAAUGUUCCGAAGUUCGUACCGCUGCAGUUUUCCAGCUGAUGAGGAGCAACCCACCUGCCAGUAUGCUCCAACGCAUGGCUGAAUUCACCAACGAGGACACGAACAACCAGGUCAACUCUGCCGUCAAGUCUGCCAUUGAAUCAGCAGCUGAACUUUACGAUCCUGAACUCUCUGCGAACGCACGUGCUGCACGCGAUCUGCUCAAUCCGGAGGACAUGGGUCUUCACUAUUCCCGAAAGUGGCUUUACGAUUACGGUAUCGAAGAGUUGAACGCUGCUUACAGAGCUAGUGUCAACUGGAUCGGAGGUCAGGACAGCAUCGCCCCUCAGGCUAUUUUCGGUGCCCUCAGACGUAACAAAGGCGGAUUCGAAAUGCCCGUUGUCGCCUACAGUUCCAUGGUAUCCAGCGUUGACGAUUUGCUCGACGUUCUUUACGACCAAUUCGAGGAUGACGACGACAAUACCAAUUCCCAGAAAGGCAAAGGCAACUCCGGAAAAUUCAGCCCUCAAAACAUUUUAAAUGCACUGAACAUCCAAAGCGAUGACGACGAGGAACUCGAAGGACAUAUGGCCAUCGAGGGAUUCCUUCAAUCCACCCGUUUCAUGGCAUUCGACAACACCACUAUCGAACAACUCCCCAGAUGGGUCAAGUCAGCCGCAGGCGCUUUGAAAGAUGGCCAGAAAUUCAACUACACCAAACUGUACAAUGACCACGAAUUGACCGUCAGGUUCCCAACGGCGAUGGGUAUGUUAUUCAUCUACACCAUGAAGACUCCUUCUCUUGUACAAAUCGGCGGUGAAGUACGUGCUCGAGCCUACCCAGGCGAGUACCGUGGCUCCUCCGAUCAGAUAGCUAUCCCUGACGCACUGAACGCAAGUGCCCAAAUUCAUGCUGUCUACUCCAAAAAGAUGAUCGCACGAUUCGGAUUUAUCAACCCCAUCAGUAACCAUCACCAUAUGGCUGGUUACGAUCAGAACUUCCAAGUCAACGUGCCAUUGAGCGCUGAAGUUGAUGUUGAUUUCGAAAAUAGCCACAUCCGCAUAAAACUCGAGCCCAUUGACCAGGAUAAGAGUUACAACCUUGUACACUACAGCAGCUGGCCAUACACUGCUCAGUACGAGCUUCUCAGUGACAAACCAGUCUCCCAACAGAAGGGUUACCAGGCCAUCGAAGAUGACGAUUCGGAGGAACGAGAGUGGUCCUUUGGACAGAAGUCCACUGGUUUCGCGUUCCGUUUCACAGCUGAAAGUGAUGAUGAACCUGAGCAGCUGAGCAGUUGGGCCUUGAGAAUGCUCGAAUCUGAAGAUCCAUUCGCAUACAUUGCCUACCCCUCGGACGAUGAAAGCAUCCAACAGUCAAAUUACAAUCUGUACUGGGACGCUAAGCAAAGCAGCAACGACGCCGUAGAAUUGACGUUCUCCUACUCCAAUUACACGAAGGGAAUGGGUGGCGAUUCAGGUUCAAGUUCAGGUUACCAACACCCUGCAGGCCGUAAGAGCUCCGCUGGCGAUGACAACCAAUCUUCCAACAGCUACGUCUCAGCCCCUCAACCCAACAGUCAUGAACCUGACUCCGGAAAACGUCAAGAGCAGUUCCUGAGUGAGGCCGGCUCCGGCAUCAAGGACGCGUAUGUCCGGGCUUACGAUUUCGGUGCGGAAUUCCAGGGUAAGAACAAGGCACAAUACGCAGCCACUUUAGCUGUGGCGAGCAGCUACGUUGACGAGAAGAGCCGAGUCGUCUUCUACUACGGCAGUCACCCUGCACAGCAGAAGAACUACGAGGUCUGCAUGUCCGCUCAAAGCUCAAGUCCCCAAGUCCCACGCAUGAACUUCGUCCAUGCAUUGAAGGCCGAUCCGACAACCAAGAUUGCAUUCGACGUUAAAUUUGGCGAAAGUUGCCAGUCUGGCGCACGAGUACAAAUCCAAGGUAAAUUGGAGCAGUCCGACGAACGCAGAGAGUACCUUAGAGACGACCCGAUGGCUCAGCGAUGUGCUCAAGAGAUGCAGGAGGGUAACUACGUUCUGCCAGCUUGCCGCAACGUUACGGCUCGCGCAAACUCUUUGGACGAAGGUAGCUUCACCAUCAAGUACCACCAGAUUCCCAAGUCAAUGAAGAACAUUACCGCGAAAGCCUACAGCAUCGUUCGCCACCUGACGUAUCACAACGCCUACGAGAACUACGUCGAUGCCCAAAACCAGGCUGAAGGCCAGAUCGAUAUCGAAUACGAAUUCUCACCCGACUUUGAAAGCUUGAACGUGACCAUGAACGCCCCUGGAUUUGACGCCAACAUUACAGAUCUGAGCAUCAGCCCGUGGGCAGCUCCCCUUCUCGCCAUGGACCCCGUACAAUCGGCUCAACGUCGUUUCGGAAGGGAAGUCCUUGCCGGGCAAUACAAUCCAACUUGCGUUAUUGACAACUCCGCCGCAUCUACCUUCGACAACAAGACUUACCCCAUCACACUUGGCAACUGUUGGCACGUUGUGAUGACAGCCAUUCCCGACGACGAUGACGACGAAGGUCUCCCCGAUGAUAUGGAAGUCAGCGCAGUUUGCCGUGACAUCAGCGACAAGCAAAGGGAAUGCAAAUUGGUUUUCGGAGAUUCCGAAAUCCACAUGUUCCCGAACAGCAACCAGCCAUCCAUCAAGGUUAACGGCCAAUCUGUCCAGCUUUCUAAACACGAAGUCUACCGCUACGAUAACGACGAGGACGACGACGACUACUACGAAUUCGAAGCUUAUCUCGAACAGCAGGGUGCUGUCGUGAUUCAUUCCGAGAAGUUCGGUGUCAAAGCGGCCUACGACGGACAACGCAUCAAGCUGGUUCUCAACAACAAAUAUCGUGACCAGAUCCGAGGACUUUGCGGUACAUACACCGGAGAAGAGGAUGACGACUUCACCACUCCAGAAAACUGCAUCCUGAGGAAGCCCGAGCACUUCGCUGCCAGCUACGCUCUGAUCAAUGAAGAACGCUGCGAAGGACUUGCAAAGGAGAACGCACGCAAGGCUGACCAAGCCAAGUGCUACCGCAAAACCCUUCUUCUCGGUAAUGUCGUCAGCGACCAGGAUGCCGGACGUGAAAGGAGGCGCGAAUAUUCCCACGGUAACAACUAUCAGAGGCCUAGUCAUUCCAACAGCCAGGCACACGGCAGCUGCACUACCUACCGCACUAGCGUGGCUCAAGAGGGUGGCCAAAUAUGUUUCUCUCAGAGGCCAGUCGCCGCCUGCGCUCCUGGCUGCAAGCCGACCGGCAAGCAAGAAAAGACCGUGAAGAUGCACUGCGUUGAGAAGAGCAGCUACGCCGAGUCUCUUGCCCAGCGCAUCGACCAGGGAGCUCAUCCCGACUUCAGCCAGAAGCCCCACAACAAGAGCUCCAGGAUCACCGUCCCGGAGAGCUGCGUUCCCGCAUAGAUCACAUCGUCGGAAGUACACCGUUUCAUCGCUUAUCUGACGUUGUACAUUGGCGGUAUUUUAUGACGACUGGCGAUACCUGUGGACAUGUGUAUAUAUGUAAUAAUAUAGAGUAUAGAGAAUUUACAAUGUUAUCGAAUAUUUAAAAAUUAAUUCCAAAUUAAAAUGGAAAAGAGAAUUACAAAGUUCAUGUAUUUAUAUUGAAUAAAAAUUUUCAUUGCAUAUUACCUGAUCGCUUGUGGGCUGUUAACUCAAUUUAAUAACAUCUAUGGUAUAAUAUUUUUUUUUCAGAUAAUUUUUUCUUUAUUUAAAUUACAUUUAAAUUACACCUACUAUUUAUACCAGCAUACAAAAAGACCAGCAAGGGCUCCGAAACACUCUCUGAAUAAUUUACUCAUGACAAUUUACGACGCCGUUCAAUUAUUUCAGUCGGAAAUAUAUUAGGACACGCGAUCUUGACGUCUGGAUUACCUAAUUGUAUAUUUCCAGUCUCCUCAAAAUAAUCGAUUUAAUAAUUUUAAUGAAUUCUUAUUGAAAUCAAAUUAUACUUUUCCAUCGUAAUCGUAAUUGAUUUGUAUUCAUUUAUAAUGAUUGUAAUAAUCAAUAAUCAAUAAUAGUUCUGUCGCAGUCAAAACUUUGUGGAUUAUCUUCUCGUUCUCAUUAUAAUAAUAGUUAUACAUGCAUACAUCAUUAUAUUUGACUAAAAAUGACUAAAAUGUAUUUUUCUUUUAUAUUUAGCCAAAUCUAUAAUAAAAUUUUGCUUCUGAUUACUUAAUUCUCAAAUAAAAAAAAUUGCAAUAUGCCCAAGACUCAUGAAAUCUCUCACUUUUUCAAUAUGGCCUUCGUCUACAGCUUGUAUACGACGUAUUUGGCAUCUAAUAUCGUUAGAGCCUGUAAGUUUAAAGAAAUAUCGCUGGAUUCUGAUGAACGAAG